CACCACUCCCAAAGCGGCUACUUUCCACUUUACUUUACUCCCACCUCUAAGACUCUGUUUUCUAAUCAUUCAUGGUGUUCAUCUCCUUCAUUGCUUCACGUAGUGGUUUUUCCUCCCUUAAAGAUGAUCCGCCCUCCCCUCCCACCGGCGUACGAACCACCAGAACCACCAUCAGUCUACUGUACUCCUUCACCCCAGUCGCGAGCCACCACCCCUUCUCCUGUCCCCCGUUUUUUCAUCUCAAAACAACAAUCCAUAAUACCAUCUCCUCAAAGUAUCCAAUUACAAACCAUGAUGACACCGACGACAGAGUUUCUCUACCAGAACUUCCCGAAAACCAGAGACAAACUCCUGCUAAGAAACCACCGCCGGACAGAUCCGGCCAUCUGGUGCAGCGCCAUCAUCUGUAUGAUCUUCAGCGUCCUUGUAAUCUUGUUUGGAAUCACAACUUUGAUCUUUUUUCUUGUUGUCAAGCCAAAAAACCCUGUUUUUGACACAAAUCAUGCGAGCCUGAACGUCAUAUACUUCGAUUCGCCUGGGAAUUUCAAUGGAGAUUUGACUUUCAUCGCAAAUUUCUCAAACCCUAACAGGAAACUUAAUGUGAGAUUUGAGCACGCUGUUCUUGAACUCUAUUUUGAUAACAACUUGAUAGCGAAUCAAUCGAUCAAGCCUUUUAGUCAGCGGCAACGGGAGACGGGGGUGGUGAAGAUUCAUUUCAUAUCGAGCCUUGUGUAUCUGCCACGUAACCAUGCCAUGGAGCUUCAAAGACAGGUUUUGAGCAACAAAGUUUUGUAUAGUGUGAGAGGAACUUUUAGAGUGAGAGUGAGCUUCGGUUUGCUUCAUUUCUCUUACUGGUUGCAUAGCCGAUGUGAGUUGCAGAUGAGUAGUCCGCCGGCUGGUUUCCUUAUGGCCAGAAGCUGCAUCACUAAAAGAUGAAAUUCAAAUUCCAUGUUUUAAUUUGCUUUUUCCUUCAACAGCCCGAAUUGAGAUCUGAACUCACUCAAUUCAAUGAUAUUCCAUGUGUGUUUAGGGGAGAUUAAGCAACUGUAUAAUCGAUUGUUGAGCUCUAUACAUACCUACAAAAAAAAAAGACCUCAAAGAAAUGUAUAUAUAAGGAACAAUCUGCUCAAUUAUUCUCAUAUUCUGUUUCCCCUCAACAUAAGAUUAGUGUAUAUAUAAAUAUGUUGUUUUGUUUCCAUUAAGAAAACAUUCUAAGAACUGAUUUUAUUCUCC